GUUGGAUUGCAUUGGACGUUACUCCAAAGAAAUUCCGUGGCUUUUCAGUCGAAGAUAUGUCCAAUCCAUCAGGGCGCGUUCGGAGUGGCGAGAGUGCACGUGCUAAGUGCAUAGCAGUGUUCUUAAUGCUUCUCUUGGGUGGCCACGACGUCCGCGCGGUCCGGGAUCACGCGCUGGAGAGCUACAUGGCAGGUGAUUUGGACAUCGGAGGUGCUGGCGCGAAGCUCGCCCUGGCCAGCGCCAGCGCUGCUGUUUCCGCGCUCUUCGCGUCCGCCUCGGAGCGGGCGGCGCGCGUGGACUUAGUAAGCGCCCACAUCAAGAGCCUCAUACAUGGGAGCGGCCAGCCUAAAUUGUGCAAGACCUUACGCUGGGCGGAAGAGAGGCAAGCAUUCCGGGAUCAUGUUGAGAAGAUUCACCGCCAUGUCGCUUCCAUACGUGAGAAGGUUGCGAAGGAGCACGUGGUCACGAACAGGUGGGGCUCGGACGAGGCGAAGCUCCUGCUCAACGAGGUGAAGGCCUUGGAUGCAUGCCUCGAGGCAGAAAAAAGCGGCACAGUUCUCGGGUCUGCCGUCGACCCGGAGUUUGCGGAAGACUUUGCAAGAGGCCCAGGCAGGGAGCCUUCUGAGGGCCCCAGCACCUACUUACAGCGGACCUACGCUGUGGGCGUGGCCGCCGCCCGGGACGCAAUGAUGGCUACGAAGAUGAUGGACACGUACAGGGCGGACAGCGGAUGCAAGCUCGGCAUGGGCGUCAAGCACUGGGCGCUCGACGAGGGCUUCCGCGCCAAGCCCAUGUGUUACAACGACUGCAACGCCACGGCCCUCAACGUGGACAGCUUCUCCGAAGAGGUUCAGGCGAAGAUGGGAUCCUGCUCUGCGCCGUCAUCCGAUCCGAUCUACGCUCCUGGCUCGUUCAAGUGGCCGGCGUGCGGCGGUUGGGGGCACGGCACGACCACGAGCUGCACCGUUGGCAACGGCUACCACGUCUGUUGCUGCAAAGCAGGCCGUCUCAACGGCAACUACGACGACAUCGAACACGGGAGGGGCUGCGUCAAAACUUGCAAUAAAGAGGAUGCACAGAGGCAGCGGGCGCUUCAGCACCGCAUCCGGAUGGUCCGCGGUGGCGGACAAUGGGAAAUAUUGCGACUACGGGUACACGAUCUCCUUAUACCACUUUGCCUCGAACGUGCGGAACAGCUUGGAGAAGAUCUACUACGAGCAGGCGAUGGGGCACCAGUUUACGGUCAGCGAAAUGGAGAAGGACGAGGAUACCAUCAUAAAGGAUCAAGCCGAUUCUUUCGUCCAGUUGGAGGAGAUUCAAGGGUCUUUGAUGGAGUUGGAUGGCGAAGAUGCCAGCGGGAUUCUGCAGUUUAUCAUGCUCGUCGUCGCAUGCGUGAUUAUUUUCAUGCUGUGUAUUUUGGCGCCGGACCUCUGCCUCUUCAUCGCGAUCUGGCAUAUUCUGACUAAUUGAUGGCGAGUGCAUCACGCUUGCAUCGGGGCCCAGACGGUCACAUGUGGCAUAAGAGUUGUCUACCGUAGGCGAGCCUCAUGUGGUCAAGAAGCUCACGCUGUUCCACCUGCCGACGAAGUCUAGACAGGGCGUGCGUAAUUAGGGCUGCGCCGGCCGCCCAGGGGUAAAACGCAGCACGACGACGACGACGACGACGCCGACGCUUUGACGCCCUGUGGUCGAUCUGCGUCGGCCAUCGGAUGUACCUGAGCAGGCUGGGCGAGCACCCCAGCGGUUGCAAGCAGACCUUGCAGAGACUCCGUCAGCGCCUUGCCGAGGUCCCUUGGGCACGACCGAGAAUGGGAACCUCUUGCAACCACGGGCCGCCA